AUGACGGACGUCGAUGACCUUGACUUUGAGGAUAAGCUUGCGCUGUUUGAGAAAAAGUUUUGUAAGUCUUCUGAUGAUGGAGUACAUUCGCGAAGCAAGGUGUCUCACGGAAACGACAAUGACAUUGAGCAAACCGGACUCACCCCGUCUGAGGUAGAGAUGGAACUGCGUGGACUAUUGAAGGAAUUUAUUUCAUGCAUUCCGACGUUGCAAAACAUGGCAGUUUCUUCCGAUGAGACUGACGACGUUGGCUUUAAUGAGAAGUGGCUUCGCUCUGAAGUGAGCAGGGAAAUCUUCAGAACGGAGAUUCGUACAACCGUUUCCCAACUUCGCCGCUUCCAAUCGGUUAGGCACGAGCAGAUGGAGCACAAGUCCAGUGCUCAGAACUCCAAUAUGCGAUCGUUGAAGCGCAUGCUUGCAGAGCGGACGGAAGAACUUGAGGGGUUGCAAAAGAAGCACUCAGCGCUGGAAAAAGAACGCCGCGACUUGCUCGAGAACGUGGACCGUCUUACGUCUUCACUCUGCGCGUGCAAGGUCUUCCAUGUUCCUUUGAAAGAAGAGGUGACAGAGCUUCGCGAAGAGAACAAAGCGAAACAGAAGACAAUAUCGGAAAACGAGGAAGCAAUGAAGAGAAACGUUGCGGAACGAGCCCGUUUCCAGAGUACCAUUGCACGUUACAGAGAAGAGUUGCAGUUAGCUAAUCACCACGCCGAGACAGUUGAACUGGAUGCGAAGCACGCGAAGGAAGAGUCCGCGUUGUUAAAGGAAAGGGCUAGAGAGGCCAUGGCAAGCUCUUCUGCCGUGAGUGCCCGUAUCAAGGAAUUGCAGGACGUGCAAGAUGCAAUGCUCCACAUCAUGCAAGAUUCGUCAAGCAAAACUGACAAGCAGAAACUUCGGAGAAAUCUGGAGGAUCUCAACGAAACGCGCUCUCGCCUUGUGGGAAAAAUCGCUAACCUGCUAACUGGGAAACGCCGCGGUGGGACGAGGACUUCAGAUCCGUCUUCGCCGCGAAGUGUAAACUCUCAUGCAAUUACCCCAAAGACGAAAAAUGUCAUUUCAACAACGGGGGCAGUUGGAGACGCUAUCCAUCAGUUUGCACCAGCUGCAUCCAAUUCGAACAGUUCGAAUGAACAUGCGGCGUCUCCGAGUCAAAGUGCCAGCAGCCGAAAGUUCUUUGAAAACCUACGCAAAUUCGGGGGCGACCUCGUAAAAAAGAAGUCGAACCAGGGUCCGAACGAAACCUUCCCAAACGAGUCUCCGCGGCAGCAGCGCCAAUUUGUGCUGGAGAAUGUAGAGCGGUCACGAGUGGCCAUUGAGAACGAUGUCGCACUACGCGGAGUAAUCGAAAUGAAGGAGAAUGAGAUUCAUAGAAUGGAAAAGGAGCUGAACGACGCAAGGGAAAGAACGGCUGAACUGGAGAUUUGCCUUCAGAAGGAACGACACAAACGCCGAUUAGAAAACCGCUCCAUCAACAAUUCGGAUGGGCAAAAGAUGACUGUGGAAGCGUCUUCGGCCACCAUCACACACCGCAAGUCGUUGUUUGACUGGCAGACUGGCAAGGCGAAGAAUGGCCAUCCCAUUUCACGCGGGGAGGAAAUAAAAGCGGCGACAUCGUGGGAAGUGCGACCGAAGAAGAUGGAACAAACAGGUGUUCGGAGGGCUUAG